GACUAAUGUUAAUAAGAAGAGAUACAUUUUUUUAUAUUGUUUCAUGGAGACGUAUUUUUUUAUGGUUAAUAAAAAUUGUGAUUUCGUCUCAAUAGUUUGCGUUCAUCAUAUUUGAAGCAUUCAAAUGAAUGGGUGAGAAAUUCAAGAGGAAUACGCGUCUCAUUUGAAUUUGAAGAAAAGGCAUACGUUAGUAUGGCACUAUGAUUACGAAGGAUUGACCGUUGCGUAAAGAACGAUAAAUUCCAAAGGGAAAUAUCGUACGGUAUCCCGUACAUUUACGGGUGAAGUACCGCUAGUCGUGCACAUAUACAUACGUACGCGGUGAGAAAGAGGGAACGAAAGAAAAAAGUUGGAAGGGGACCGAGAGAGAGGCAAAGAGGAAGAACAGCGCGAAGGUGAAGGACAGGGGAACGAAGUAGUUCUAAUACUGUCGAGAUCAGACAAUAACGUAGACCUAAUCUAAAUGAGAAUGAACACGCAGCCACGGAAAUGAAAGAGAUAACAAAUGAAAGUGUCUCAUCGCGAUGCUAAUGAGAUUCAAAAAGUUCCGAUAUAUUAGCUGAACGUCUUCUACGAUGAGAAUUUAAAUGGGUCCAAAGUUAACGAGUCUGGUUUUUCUACAAACCGCAGGAAUUGUUCAGACGACCGUAGGAACAAUGUGAGAUGAGCAGGAGGAAUGAAUAAAUAUCGAACACGCCGAUGCCAACAACCCUUCCCCUUCUUUUUAACUGAUUCUCAGCGAGGUCGCCGAGACGAUCGGUUCUCUCUACUUCUCCGCCUUCCUCGUUCUUUUCUCUCCUUUUUCUGACCGGCGUAAAAGAGGGGACCCGCACCCUGACCCACAAGCGGGCCCCGGUAUCUCCUCAGUCAGUCAGUCAGUCAGUCAAACAAGUCUAACAGGCAAUGCGGGCCCGCAUAAUACCGUGGCUGCCGAACUCGCGGUAAAGUAGUUUGACACGCACGUGUUCGAACCGGGUAACGACAGUGUGUCUUCCUUUAACUGUUUUUGCGGUUACCUUCUUAAAUCGAAGAAAAAGAAGCGGAAAACGGGCUGAGACCGAGAGAGAAAGAGAAUGAGGGAGGUGAAGAUGAUACUGAGAACAGUACCCGGGGGCAUCGUCCUUAUCCUCUUGCUUAGCGGAUCCAUCGUUGCUCAGGACGACGACUCCCUGGCUGGCAGUUUCUUGUCAGGUCUACUGGAUUCCAUAACGAGCACGGCGAACAGCGCGGACUGCCCGGGAGUGUGCGUGCAUGCAUUCGCAACUUUGAUAUGCUACGAAGUUCUCGAGCAUGUACAAUGCCCGACCAGCAUGCGAUGUUGCAUCGAGGCGCCUAUAAAUGGAACCGGAACUUCUGAAAAUGCGGUCCAGGACGAGGACCACACUACGACCAUUUCUACCACCGCUAGAACGACGACUACGACCACGAGUACGACGAUCUCCACGCCCAGCACAGCUCUCACGACCGUGUCCUCGACGACCACUACAAAAGCUACUUCCGAAAGCCAAAAGGAAGCAGCGAAUAAGACGUCGACGAAAACCUGCUCAGGGAUUUGCAUGGCCGAGAGGAUCGCCGACUACUGCGACGCAGUCUUGGUGAUAGACACCCUCUGCAAGCCAGGGUACAAGUGCUGCGUGUCCAGGGACGCUUUCGGCGAAUCGCCUCCGCCAGAAUUAUUGGUCAUCGACCGAAACUCGAGUCGGAUCGAUGAAAAGAUGGUCGGCGUUAAUACGUCGCAUAAAGGUCCUUCACCUUCUACCGCAAGGCCAAAUAUAGUCACCUCGACGAGUGUAUCUAGCACGACGGUGGCAACGACCAUCGCGUCGACUAAACAAACGACGACUACGAUGAGGCCAAAGAUUACAGCGAAGAAACCGUGCAAAGGCGAAUGCGUUAGCGGAUUCUUCGCCCUAUUGUGCGACAAGGUGGACGGCGACGCCGAGUGCCCUGACGAUGGAUCGUGCUGCGUCAUAGACGCUUUCGUGAAAACGGAGACAACGACGACGACGACGGUGCGACCAUCGACGAAGCCGGCGCAACCGAAAUUACAACCCUGUCCCGGAUUUUGUUUAUUGACCAUUAUGGCAGCCUUCUGCGAGCGGCCGAACACGAUAAUACCGAAGACCUCGACUUGUCAAUCCGGGUCCAUUUGUUGCGACAACACGAAGAGCUCGCCGCAGACAGUAAACGUAGUGACACCGUCUUCUUCGUAUCAGACCCCAAGGCCCAGGCCAAGACCGACGCCGAGACCAACGAUCACUACAGUUUCUCUGCCGCCGGAUCCACGGCCAGAGUGUCCUGGCUCGUGUAUCGUUUCUUACUUAUCCUUUACCUGUUUCAGGAAUGCCGAAUUGACCAACUUAUUUAAAUGCAAGAAACAAGGACAUCAAUGUUGCGCGCCAAAAUCGUUGAUACGAGAAUUAAACGGUGGUAAUUCUACUGAACCGGUGUUGAGUAACAGAAACGACACGUUGUAUGUCACUUCGAGGCCGUAUACGACACCGUUUACGACCGCAUUAUAUGAGACAACGACAGUGAUGACGACUAUGAGGAGUCCCGUGUACAGUAAAUACGUCUGCGGCGUGAAAGGAACUUCUCGCGGACCAAUUCAAGCGCGUAGCUUUGAAAGAGGAGGGCGGGUCGUCGGGGGAGAAGACGCGGAUGCCAAUGAAUGGUGUUGGCAAGUUGCUCUAAUUAAUUCCCUCAAUCAAUACCUCUGCGGUGGAGCGCUCAUCGGAACACAAUGGGUCCUGACAGCCGCGCACUGUGUGACAAACAUCGUCAGAUCCGGAGACGCGAUUUACGUGAGGGUGGGAGAUCACGAUUUAACGCGGAAGUACGGAAGUCCCGGUGCUCAAACCUUGCGAGUGGCGACUACGUAUAUUCAUCAUAAUCACAAUAGUCAAACGCUUGAUAACGAUAUAGCUCUCUUAAAACUUCAUGGACAAGCAGAGCUGAAGGACGGUGUCUGCUUGGUAUGUUUGCCAGCCCGGGGCGUCAGUCAUACGGCUGGCAAACGAUGCACCGUUACUGGUUACGGAUACAUGGGAGAAGCUGGCCCUAUCCCGCUUCGAGUACGCGAAGCCGAAAUACCGAUUGUCAGCGAUGCCGAGUGUAUACGGAAAGUGAACGCUGUCACUGAAAAGAUCUUCAUUUUACCAGCGAGCAGCUUCUGUGCCGGUGGUGAACAAGGCAACGAUGCGUGUCAGGGCGACGGAGGAGGACCAUUAGUGUGUCAAGACGAUGGAUUCUAUGAAUUGGCUGGACUCGUAUCGUGGGGCUUUGGCUGCGGAAGAUUAGAUGUUCCUGGGGUUUACGUAAAAGUUUCAGCGUUCAUUGGCUGGAUCAACCAAAUUAUUUCCGUAAAUAAUCUUUAGUUUCUUUUAAUGUUCUAUUUAUAAUAAAAAUUAAUAUAUAUAUAUAUAUUUAUUUAUUAAGGACGCAUUGUGUGUAGUACCUUCGCGCGCUUGAUGAUGUAAACUUUUAUGUUACGUGUCUAGCAAAAGGAAUAUUUUUUAUGCACGAUGACUGUGAAAUAAUUCGUGUAGAGGAUAUAUAGUUUUGAAGAUGUUACGUUACUCGUAACAUAAAAAAAGUGAACGUCGUGUAGCUUUAAUAAAUAAUGAGAAACAAAAAUUUGCAUUGUAUCCACUUUUGAGAUACUCGAUUUCUUAUUCGUUAAUGCAGUGAACUUUCGUUUAUCCAGUGUUUCGGACUACUUUAAUAACGGCUCUCUCAACAUUUAGUUGAAUUCACCAAAGUUAAAGAAACUGUUUAUAAUUUCGUAAGAUUUAACAUUAUAAGAUUUUGAUAGAUAGAACUUUCUUAGUUAUUAAAUUUUACUAAAUCUCGUUCCUUUAAUUGUUCGAACAUAAUUUUACGAACAUAAUAUUUUACAUAAUGUAGGACGAACGAAAGUUUGCAUCAGCGUUAUCGUUCUACAAUUGGCAAAAUGCAUUAACUUGCAAU